AUGAGACAUACCCACGAUGCUACGAGCGUUGAUACGUUGAUUAAAGAAUUGAAAUUGAAGGAUAAUCAUCCAAUUGUUUAUUAUAAAUCGCAAGGUGACGUUGAUGAGAAUCAUCCUUUCUUGAAAUCAUCCGAUUUUGUAGCCAUCAUAAUGAACGAUGGUCAAAAGGAAAUGUUGCUCGAAUAUGGUACAAACAUUCUCUGCUUUGAUGGUACCCAUGGUAUGGGUUACGAUUUUGUUCUGUAUACAUUACUUGUGAUUGAUGCUGUGAACCAGGGUUUCCCUACUGGGUUUUUAAUCACGAAUCGCUCAGAUCAACUUAUUUUUGAAUUUUUCUUUCAAAGAAUUAAAGACAACGCUGGAGCAUUCAAUUGUAAAGUAUUCAUGUCGGAUAUGGAGGUAUCGUUUUCAAAUGCGUGGACUAACGUUAUGGGUGAGCCUGAAAAAAUAUUAUUUUAUAGCUGGCAUGUGCUACGUGCUUGGAAUCAAAAUUUGAACAGAAUUAGUGGCGGCGAAGGUAAAAAAAGCGAAGCUGGAGAUGAGAAAAUUGAUGCUGAAAAUAAGAAAAAGGAAGCUGAAGAUCGAAAAAAGAAAGUUGAAGAAAAAAAAAGUGAAGUUAAAAAAAUGCUGCGAUGUUUGUUAGAAGAAUUGGACCAAAAUAAGUUUGAACUUUUGUUACCUGCAACUAUUGAUCGUCUUAAAGAAGAUAAACUCACAGAAAGUUAUGCAGAAUAUUUUGAAAGUAAUUACGUUGAUAAUUGCACUAAAUGGGCUUAUUGUUAUCGUAAAAAUGCCGGAUUAAAUUCAAACAUGCAUCUUGAAAGUCUGCAUAAAACUUGGAAGUAUGUUUACCUUGAAGGAAAGAAAGUUAAGCGGUUAGAUAAAACAAUAUCUAUACUGAUGAGAUUUAUUCGUGAUCGUCUCUUUGACCAAGUCAUCCUGUUUCACAAGGGAAAGCUGACUAAAAAAAUACAAGAUCUGCGGCGACGUCAUCGUACAGCUAGUGGUAAUCCUACCAAUUUAAUUACCUUUGAUGAUAACGACCAGCGUUGGAUUAUUUCAUCGAAGGAGAUCUACUAUGUUGAAAAAAAUAGUACACUGUGUGAGUGCAAACUUAUUUGUACUCUAUGCAACGCUUGUAUCCAUCAGUAUAGUUGCACAUGUAUUGAUUACUGUAUCAAAUGGAAUAUGUGCAAGCAUAUUCACGGAGUAUGUAUGCUUGUUAAUCAGAGUAAAACCAAUGUUGAUGCAUCGGAUCCUACUUCAAAUUUUCCGACAACAGAUAACAGCCCUGAAAGCGAUGUUGAUGUUAGUGCUAAAAAUACUCACAAUGUACCCACUCCUACUCCUACAACUGCGUGUAUAGAUGCAAUACAGAAAGUACUCACAACUGAUAAAGAACAAGAUGUAUCGAAAGAAGAUUUAAUGAAAGCGAUGGAAGAAGUUGUGAACUUGGCGCAAUCUAAAAGGCAACGGAAAAUGAUCAUGUCUGAUAUAAUGAAAAUGAAAUUACGUGUUAGUGCUGAAUCUGUCCCUUCUUUACAUCCUGUAACAAAAGCGCCAAGAGACUAUGUUCGGAAGAUAGUCCAACAGAAACGACUUUAUUCUACAAAGAAAAAGCAACAAAAAAAGUUGAAUGUAAUUGAGCAUAUCACAUCUGAAGAAAAAAAUGACUUGCAAUUGGAUGUUAUGUUUCUGAAUGUAGUUACUGAUACCGAAGAGGAAGAAAGUUACGAUUAG